AUUAAAUGAAGAAAAAUUACAGCGUGUAACGUGUGUGUGUCAUCUUCGCGUUAAAAACAGCUUAAAUUCCGAAAGCGCAGGUUUUGAAGAAAGGAAAAAAACAGAGAAAAACGAAUUAAAAACAACGAACGGUUUUGUACUUGCAAGAGAGUGUACUCUCGAAAGCUUCCUAUUGAAACAACCCGGGAAAAAGCAACGUGUCAGGGUGGAAGAAUAAGAAGGCGAAAAGGAAACGAAAUCUGGAACCAUUCCUUGACCAUGAAAAACCGAUUGACUAGGCUGCGCAGAAUUAGUAAGAAAGAAAUGGCCGAAGGUAAUGGUGAGGUUGUAGAAGAGAUGGCAAAUCAAAAAUCAGGCGAGGGUGGCGACGGCGAACGAACGCAGGACUACUCAAAGCUGCUGGAAUAUGGAUUACACGUCAUGGUUGCCGGUCGGUUGGAUGCCAUCUACAAAACGGGCAAACUAGCCCAUUCGGAACUAGACGAGAGGGCGCUAGAUGCGCUGAAGGAAUUCCAUGUAGAAGGUGCCUUGGAUGUACUGGACCAGUUCCUAGACUCGAACCUCGAACAUGUGUCGAACAAAUCGGCAUUCCUCUGCGGUGUUAUGAAAACGUACAGACAAAAAGUUCGGGCCACGCAACAAGGACAACCGGCACCUGCAGUCACAGUACAAGCGAAAGGGCCCGAUGAGGAAAAAAUAAAAGCAAUUCUAGAGCGAACAGGAUACACAUUGGACGUCACCACAGGACAACGCAAAUAUGGUGGCCCACCACCGAACUGGACGGGCAACACGCCCGGGAACGGUUGCGAAGUGUUCUGUGGCAAAAUACCAAAAGAUAUGUACGAGGACGAGCUGAUCCCGCUGUUCGAAAAGUGCGGCAAAAUUUGGGACCUUCGGCUAAUGAUGGACCCGAUGACCGGCACCAACCGGGGUUACGCCUUCGUUACCUUCACCUCACGGGACGCGGCCUCGAACGCCGUGCGGGAGCUGAAUGAUUAUGAAAUUCGGAAUGGCAAAAAGAUUGGUGUAACGAUAUCGUUUAACAAUCACCGACUCUUUGUCGGCAAUAUUCCUAAGAAUAGAGAUCGCGAUGAGUUGUUAGAGGAAUUUGCGAAACAUGCACCGGGACUUGUGGAGGUAAUUAUUUAUAGCUCACCAGACGACAAGAAAAAGAACCGAGGCUUUUGCUUCCUCGAGUACGAAUCACACAAGGCAGCCUCUUUGGCGAAGCGGCGACUAGGCACCGGACGGAUAAAGGUAUGGAAUUGUGAUAUAAUAGUAGACUGGGCCGACCCACAGGAGGAACCGGACGAACAAACGAUGAGCAAGGUCAAAGUAUUAUACGUACGAAACCUAACGCAAGACACGAGCGAAGAAAAGCUGAAGGAAAGUUUCGAACAGUUCGGCCGUGUUGAGCGAGUGAAGAAGAUUAAAGACUACGCAUUUGUUCACUUCGAGGAUCGCGACAAUGCUGUGAAAGCAAUGAAGGAUCUGGAUGGCAAAGAGAUCGGUGGAUCCAAUAUAGAGGUAUCGCUAGCUAAACCCCCGUCCGACAAAAAGAAGAAGGAAGAAAUACUACGAGCACGUGAAAGGCGCAUGACUCAGUUUCUGCAAACGAGAAUAGGUUUGGUGAAUACGGUUCCAUCGUUUCCCAGUAUGUCACCGCAGCAUGCCGGCAUGAUGCCCGGUGCGAUGCCACCGAUGCGAGUGCCUAGCGGACCGGGAGGUCCGCGUGCUCCGAUGCGGGGCGGCCCAAUGGGCGGCCGGGGCGAGUACGCAAUCGGUAAGCGCAAGUUCGAAGGAGGUCCUCACAAUCAAGGGGACAUAAAGCGACGCUAUGGAGCAUUAGCAAAUUUUGGUAAUAACUGGGGCAGUCAACCAUUGCCCCAGCAGCCACUAGGGGCAAACGGUGGAGAACAAUGGUAUACCGAUACCUACUCGGCGUGGAGCUAAACAUACACUAGAUCCUCACAAAAAAAAAUAAUUCUCCAACAAAUCAACUUCGUCAAACACUCAUUUACACAACCUUCCCCACCAACAUAAUCUACGGUACCGGUAAUAACGGCUACGCUACACGCUCAGCAAUAAACGAUACGGUAUCGGCGUGAAUUUUGUGAUGUGCUACGUUCGGCGUGUCGCACGCAUCAACGGUAAGCGCGUUUAGUGUUAAUUAUGUGCUCGACACCAAAUUCUACUCUUUUAACCCUGUAUACUGUAUUGAUUGAUGAUACAACAAGCGCAUAUUAUUCAAAAUUUUGUUAAACAGAGCAAGAUGAUGAUGAGAGGGAAAAGAUAAGUGUCUCGCGACACAUGAGUAUACACAUACGUUAAGGCAAAACAGGAGGAAAACAGAGCGAAACCCGGUGCGACAAAACACAAUUUUAGCGAAAGAUUAGUAUGUGUGUGAAGGGAUGGACAAAAGUGAUGGGUCAGAUAGAAAAGGCAGAAAACAUUACAAAAAUUAAGAAGAAGAAACACAAAAACAAACUGACUGAUUUUAUUUGUCGCAUUAUUCUAAAGACAAUUUCUCUCAAAACAAAGGAAAUUCUGUAAACGCUAUUUGAAAAUCGUACAUUAGGCUAGGUGGUACCGCGCGUUCGUCAAACGUCAACAGUUUAGUGUGUCGAUAGGGGUUAAAAAGCAAGCGCAAUGAGAGCCAUUUUUCUCGACGAGAAAAGAACGAAGUAUCAACGUGAAAAAUAAAUCAGUGCUAAAAAAUUUAAAAAGAAAAAAACAAAACUUAACGUAGAAACGAAGACAGGGAAAAUACGUUGUGCAAGAAAGGAGAAAAGUGAGAGAGAAAAUUUCUUUUUCGAGCCGUUGCAAGGAAUGGAAAAUUCACAAUCUGGUUGGUUAGGUUUAUUUGAAUUUGAUUUACAAACAAAAUCGCACCAUACGUAGAUGAAUGAAAUGGUUUUUUUCUAAGGUAUAUGCAACCAUGUUUACUGUAUUUUGCUCCGCGCUGAGUGGUAGAGAAACCACCCUAACACGACACGUCAUAGAUUUUUGAGUGCGCUGAAACGAGUAGCAAUUGAAAAGUAUGAUAAUUCAAACAAAAAGAAAACCUUGAAAUCGAGAUCUCCACCGUUUUACAAAAUCAAUAAUCGCAAAAAAGGGAAUAGAUAUAUGUAGACGCGCAUCGAAAACAAAGUGAACAUGCGGCCCCCGUAGGGCAUAAUUACCAAUAAUUUCUAAUUGCUUGUGUGUAAGUGGGAAUGCAGAAACGUAUAGGGGUGAGGCCGCAGCCACGGCCAGGUGUGUAGCAAAUGGCCGCACCACAGUGUAGCCAGUGUAAAGGAUGUUAAGUAAGCGUGAUUAAGAUUAUUUUUGCUCGAUUUAUUUCAAAUGUUUAAUUUUCGGCAUACUGUUUUUUUUGAGGGGGGAAAUUUAGAUAGCAGCUGCAAAAAGGAAGCAAGUAUAAAGCUAACAAACAGCAACAAAAUAAACAACCAUAUUGGAAAAGUAAAGUCAAAAAAAGGCACGUACAAGAAAAAUGGAGAGGAAAAAUUUAAUGCAAAACCGCAAAACUCUUAUCGUGAUAGUAAGUGAAAGUCGAGCAUUCGAUUCGUGAGUUUUUUUUUAUGUUUCGUUUAGUAAAAAUCGUGAAAAGAGAAAACAAAGUUUAUUUUUGAGUUAUGUUGGAUUUGUUUUGUAUUGUUCUUGUUCCUUCAAUUUAAUUUUGAGACAAAACAAAGGCGCAAAACAUUGUUUUUUUUGUGCGUAUAUUGAACAAGUGUAUAUAGGGAAGCGAAUGCGAAAAUAAAAAAAAAACGAUUCAAACAGAGCGCGAGAAAGGUUAUCCGAUUGAUGAACAAAACCUUGUACGGUGUGCGAAAUCGUUGACGAUAAACAUAACAACACCUGGAAAAGGAUUUUGUUUUUAUAAAUCGUUUUGUUUUGGUUCUUUUGAAAGGAAUAUUUAUGUGUGUGUACAUUUCAGGCCAAUCGGUAAACAAAAAAAAACAAGUAAAGUGAAACUGAACACUUAAAUCUGUGGUGUGAUAUAUUCGGUGGAGAAAACACGAAAAAUGAAGAAAUUUAGUGGCAAGCAGGAAAAGAAAGCAGUAGGGAAGUAAAAAAAAGGAAGAAGUGAAAAAAGCAAACAGCAAAACCAGUCACGGUAAAAAAGUGUAAAUUAAUAUGCUAAAACCCAUAAUAGAGGGUAUAAAGUUGAUUCUAGGCUUAUUUUUUGGUUGUAUAAGUUUAAAAUGUAAAAGAAAUGAGUAUAGAGAGGAUAACAAAAAAAAACCGCGCAGUGUACUAGACAAGCAAACAGGAAAUGAUAAGGAAAAAAAGUUCAGCAAAUAGUGUUCAAAUUUAUUAAGGAAGAAUCUGAAACGAUUAAAAAGUGAUUCAAUUUGUAGAAAUGCUUUCAUUACAGGAAGGCAAGUAUUAUUCGGGACAACAACAAAUAAAAGAAAAAAAAGGAAAACGUUAUUCUAUACCGGGCGUGAAUAGGCCAACAAAAUUUAAUGCCGAUAUGGCCACCAAAAAAAAAACAAAAAUGUAUGUAUUACUUUCGUUACAUUUUCUUCCUGAUACUGUGACCACUACGCGAUAUACACAAAAAUAUAUUAAAAAAGAAAACAAAAUCAUGGAAAAAUUAAUUCCCUCGUGUUCAUUAGAAGGAUUCAUUAGGAAGCGAAAUUGUAUGCUAAACCACGUUUUUUCUUUUUUGUUGUAAUUUUUCGGCAAAGCACACACACACAUACACACACAUACAUAGAACAGUUUGGGUAGAUGAUCAAAAUUCCUGAGCAAAAGCAAAAUUGGAAAAGUGAUAAGCGUUGAUAAAGAAUACUCUUCCUUAAACGAGUGCAGAACGAGUGCAAAACGUGCAAACUAUGGAAAAGAACAUAAGAAAAAAGGUAUGAAAGAAAAAACGAAACACUAUACAUGAAGACAAUAUAUUAAAACAAAACAAAGUGGUGUAAUUUGAACAAGGGAAAAAAGCGAAGAAGCACAUCGUAAAAAAAGAACACAUAAAAACAAAACAUAACAAUCGAUAAGCCGAAAAUGUGAAGAAGAUGUCAAAGAGUCGAGAACAACUUUGAUUAUGUUUUAUUUUUGUUUUGUUUUGUUUUGUUAGGUACGCAGAGGCAAGGUAUAAAGUUUGCAAUACGCAGUGAAUAACGCAAAGUGAAACGAACAUUUAAAAUUAUUAUUAUUAUAUAUACACGCAACUAAGGCAAACAACACGGAAUGGUAUAACGAAAUAUGUAAAGCACACGUGAGAUGGCAAUGAGUGUUUUGAAUAGAGGAUGAUAGAUAAAAAAAAACAACCCCACAUCAUGAGAGAAAAAAGUGUCCCAUAGCGUCGGGAAUGCUGCUGCUGCUGCUGCAACAUAAAAAGGCUAAAAACUGCUGUUAGUUUUACGCAAACAACACUGUGUCUCAACAGUGAGAAUUAUUCAUUUGUUUUAUUUUAUUUCUUUACAUUGUUAAAACGAAACCAACCAACCAACCAACCGACCGCAUCGAUUAGUUUGCACCCGCAGAUAAAAUAGUAUCGCCGAAUUUUUGCUGAAGAAACUAAUAAGAUCGAACCGGGCGUGGGCUUUCGAGAACAGGGAAGAAAAAUGGAUUACAAUAACAAACGGAAAGCAAACUACCGAACCUUAUCGACAAUUAGCACUGUACUUUUUUCACAAGUAGUUUUUAAAAAUACAAAUCCCAUUUAUGGAUUGAUUAAAACAAACAUAAAAAAAAACAAAACACUUUCAAUAGUAACACCAAAUGAAAAAUAAACAACAACCAGAAAAAAACAACACUAACAAAUAAUUAAAACUCCUUCAAGUAAACCAAUCAUUAAUAGUAAAAAGCAACAGUAAACAUAUAAAGUGAAAUAGGAAAGACACACCUACACUUAUCCAUUUUUAGCACGCGCAUGUUUGAUAAGGAUAUUAUAAUACAUUAUCUGCUUUUUUUCAAUCAUUUACUUCUGUAAUAUUCGCCAUUUUAACGUGUUAAAGUUCCUUAAACAAAUGUUUUUUUUUGUUUUCAAUUUUGUUUUUGCCAUUUUCCAUACGUUUCUCCAAAAGUGACAUUCACAGCAGCUAAUGUUUGUGUUUUGUUUCGAUCUGUUACUGCUUCUCUUUCCGAUUUGUUCCCGUUUUGCAAAACAUUGUUUUACUUUUUCACAGUCAACUGAUUUUUUUUUGUGUAUCAAUUCUAUUCCGUGUUUCAAUGGAAAGAUAUUUACCCGUUUUAUUUUUUCUUUGUGUUUUUAUAUUUAAUAAGGCAAAACUCUAGCAGGAUAAAUGAAAAUAUGUUACGAUAAGCAAACGAUUACACUUACACUUAUAAUAAAAUAAAACCUAAUUAAUAAAGUUUGAAUUAUCAGAUUUAUAAAAGCAACACACACACACAAUUUCAACGCAAACACAACAAAACAAAACAACUAAACUUUGAACUUUUGAUAACCGGGCAAACAACACGUAUGAAAACCCCCGUAACUGUAGGGAUAAAAUUCGAAUAAAGCAUACUGUUAUUUAGCAAUAAGGCGUCUGUAAAGUGAUAUAUUGCGUUAGAAGCAAGAAAGCAGAAGACGAACCCCUUCCCGGGAAGUAACGGACGUUACACAGUACGCCAUUUGCCGUUGCCUGAGUGGUUAAGCGGGGCGGACAGGCGGACGGGCGGGAACGUGUGAUGUGUUGUUUUUUUUUUUGUCGAUUUGCUAAACUUAGUCGCUAGUUUGUCACGAUAUCAAAUGAAUGUGGGGAAAAAACAGACACACACACACAGAUUCGAACGCAGUGGACGAAGUUCUAAUAAUGGUGCCCAAUAAUUGCGAGCUGCCUUAUACAAGCAAAGCGGGAGAAAAGACUGAUUGAAAUAUAAAACAAAAACCGAAUGAAGGGCUCGAAGCAAACGAUGCUUCCAGCGAAGUGUAAGUAAGGAAACUCACUUCACCAUUUUUUUUUUUGCAGUUACAGUGUGUGAUGUAGUGCUAGGCGAGGGGGAAAGUAAGAAGGGAAGGGAUCAUUUGAGUGAGGGUGUGAAAAAUAAGUUCGUUUAGGACGUAAAAAAAAAAACAAACCGUUCGUUUUAGUGCUAAACAUCGUUCAAUAAGAGCUUACGUAGAAUGGGGAGGGAAACAAAAUAGACACUAAUGGGUCAAAAAUUCUUAUAGAACCAACUAUUUGACAACCUUUGGCAUCUGUAGGUAUCGGGACGUGUCUAGACCGAUGUGUAGGUUUUAGGAGCAAAAACAACAAACAAACGAAAAAAAAAGUUAACCGUACAUUAUAUCCAACAUAUAGGAAAGAAACAAAAAUCGAAAAUAAACACACAACUUUAAUGCGAUCUUUAAAACUAUUUGAAUGAAAAACCAAAAUGAUCAAACUUUUCCGAUUUUCCGAGAGCUUAUGGUAGUGCAGGACCCUUUUUUAACAAAUACACAAACAGUUGAUAUAAUAUAAUAAAUAACAUAAACAUCCAUUUCGAAUUCAAAUGACCCCAAGAUCACAAUUUCUCUUUGACGAUUAUUUGCCACUCUCCAACUAUCCGCCAUAUUCAUCGUAAAGCAUAAUUCUGUAGAGUUGGAUGAUACGUAAGAAUGGAAGAAGCAAAUCGAUAAGGAACGAUGAUAAAUUAUGCAAUAUUUGAAGUUUAUAUUUUAUGUUAUCAUUAUUAUUAUUGUAAUCUUAACGCAAAAUUUCAACGGACGGUUAGGGCGAUUAAGCGGAUCUGUAGUAAAGCAAACUAUACUUGCAUUGGAGAGGAGAAGUUCGAACAUGCUAAGAAGGAAUUAGUCAUCUUAAGCUAAUUUAAUGCAAUUCUUUCACUCCCGCGCAAACACACAGCUUUCCUGUGCUUUCCUGUGAAAAUCUCAUCUCGAUCACACGAUCAUGUCGAUGCCAGUGAAUUAAUACACCUGCACACAUCCUUCUGUAUACAACACACACACAUACAACCACGUCAUAAGAAAGUAAAACAAACCAAGAAUUGUGCUUUGUUUAGUUUUUGCGUCUUUGCGAGGGCAUUUUUUCUAUUUUUUUUUUUUAGUAUACAUUUUUUUGUUUAGUAUUUGGGAUAAAGUGAAAUAUGUUGGUAUUUUCCAGUAACGUUUUUAAUUUUGUUUAUUAUGUUUCUGUAUAGGAAGGGAAAUUUUCGUACGGAGGUUUCGUUUUGGGUUUUUUUGCUCAGAUUCCUUUACAUUCUCGCAGGCUACCGUAUCCAAAACUGAAGCACAACUGAAGAGUGCGUUGAUAUUGCUAUUCUAAAUGGUUUUUUUUUCCUGUUGUUUAUCUUUUAUUCUUUAUUGUUUCUUUUAUUUUACAGUUCACAUCAUGAACGCACGUAAGGUGUGAUUUUAUGUGUGAUGUUGUUACACUUUUUUAAACUCGUUUUUCAGAAUUUACUUAUCCCUUAUUUGGUAUCAUUUCGUGCUUUUGUUUUUCUGUUCUUUUAAUACUUCUCAUUUGAUUGUUCCAUUUAUCCGACAUGAUAGAGAAGUGUAUUUGUUGUUUUUUUUUGCACGAAAGAAAAGUGCUUUCAAUAAAAUGUUUUUUUUUGGGACAGAAAAUUUCUCUUCCUUCAUUUUUUUGUUUGUUUUUUUGUUUAAGCAAAAUAAGUAAACAGUCCUCUGUUCGGAAUAUAAUUAGGUACAGCCAUUUACUAACUUCCAACAAUAGCUGGGGUCACGAAACUGCACGUGCGAUCAAACAUUGUUCAAUCGUUUGUGUGUUAAAAUCGUUAAAAUCGUUCAUUGCUGUAUAAUCCGAUAGAAUAUAAUAUUAUUGCGUGUUACACAUUUCUAAGCCUAUUAUUGAAUUAUAAUUGAAAGCCAACAGUAACAAAAGCGAAAGUUUCCACUACUGAAAGGAUUAAAUCUAAUAUCAAACAAAAAACUUACGGUGAAUUAUGGUUAGAAUACAACUUAAUCCCAUUUCAUUGCGACAUGCUUACCCACGUUGCGAGAACACUUCAUAAAGUUACAUACAAUUUGGAAUGGAAAUAACAAAUAACGCUUGAGUUAAGAACUAUUUUGCAGUAAAGAAAAAACAAAAACACACACACACGUUUAUGCGUACGCUAUUUCAUAUAAAUAAAUAUUUUUUUCUCUGUAAUUCAUAACAUUACUUUUUCCACCUUGCGCGAUACUGUGUUACCGGUUGUCGCGAUUAUUAUUUUUGUUUAGAUAAAAAAUUACGCCCUUUGCAUAUUAUAUACAUAUUACUCGUUGAUUUUGUUCUUCUUUGUUUUUAAAUCACUUUCAUAUAAGAAUAUACAAGCUCAGCAGCAGCUGCCUACGGUGUGGCAAGCGAAGGAAAUAGUGAUAGAAGAAAUGCGCGCAUGCUCGACGCUAUAAAGAGAAAAUACCCCUUAGUUAGAAGAAGAAGAAAAAAUAAAUCUAUACUUAUAUACGAAACAGCAAAAGCAAAUGGAAAUAGCAGCAAGAAAGCGUAACAUAAAUAGCAAGCUUACUAUUAAGAAUUGUUUUUUUUUUGUGCGUAAAUAAAAAUGGAAAAUCUAACAAAACUUGACACACACACAACAAACAAAAGAAGUAAUACAUUCACAUACACAAAAAGGAAGAUGUGUUCCGUUACCGAAAGUUAUAAAAAUCAUACCAGAGCAUGUUGGUUUUUGGUCCAUUCACAUCAUAUAUUUAAUCAGAAAAGGGAAUACAACACAGCGCUUUUCCAAGCAUUGGUUUACUUACUUUGCCAGUAAGCUUUUAUCUUAAGUUUUUCCUCCCAUUGUGUGAAACGUUUACAGUCCGAUAUUCAAGCCAGAGAUAAGUAAAAAAACAAAACAAUAGUAAAACAAGCGCCAAACAACGUUCGGCUGAUGGACAACCAAAUGGUUUGCCAAAUGGUAUCAAACAUGAUUCCGAAUUCAGCUCUAAAACACAUAGCGUUAAAUACAUGCCACAUACAUACAUAGAAUCGCCAACAUUAAGAUCACAGCAAAGACGCAAUUAGCGAUAUGGUUCGUAAUUUCCGUUUGUUCUCAAAAAUCCAGCACCGCCCAGAUCUGAAGAGUGGUGGUGGUUCCUUUGUAUCCUUUAGUCUUGCCCCUUUUCGUCUGACAAGAUCAUCAUCGAAGCGUAUGGAAACAUUAAUAUAAGAAAAACCCAGACCAGAUGCAGUGAGCAGAUACAGAUGCGCGAAGCGACAGAUCCCGUGCCGCCCCCUUGAUUAAACUAACCUGUAGCGCCAACCAACCAACCAAAUAGGACCCACUUAGAACUUGGUCAGUCUCAGGCAGGAAGAACUGUUGUUCAGUACGGAUGUCUUUAUCCCGCCACAGGACACUGCGCCAUUUUGAUACCGUUUUCAUCGUAAUGUAAUUUCAUUUUGUAAAAUCGACAAACUUUUGUCGCUUAGGAAACAUCUCAUUUGCCAUUUCAAUUUCCGCAUAAAUGGCUGAUACUGCCUUGGUAAGCUUGUAAUGUGUAAACUGACUGUACUGUUUUGUAAGUAAUCGAAAAUCGUGAACUCACGCAAAGGGUGCAACUGAUGGUAAGGAGGAAGAGUAAAACAGAAGAUCGCAGAUCAGUUGAGACAUGUGAGAUGAUUUUGGAGGCACGGUAGAACACGUGUCUUUGUUGAACUUUCGUGGAACUUUCAAAGUACAUUAAUUUGGGGGAAAUAAUUUCCAAAAUCAAUUCCAAUUCAUCACAAAAGCACGGCGAUAUUUUGAGAAGGAAAGCUAUAUGAAGGUAAUGAAACUAUGCAGUAAGGGUGUUGUACAAUGGUAAACAAACGUUAUGAGUUGAUUUUUUGUUUUUUUGUAAAAAAAAAAGAACGGAAGCCUGCGAGGAAACCAAACAACACACAGACACACAACCCGGAUAAAAAAAAACCAGAGAUCGAACCAGAAAACUGGAAACGGCAGUGUGGGGAAUUGAAAUAAUUUUAUAACAGGAAACAAAACCAGUCAAAACACAGAUCAUUUUGCAGCGUGUGAAGAAAUGAAUGGCACGAUAUUGUGUGACCCCACGAAGUAAGAGAAAAAGCGUUCCGGUCAACAAAGUACGAAAAGUCUUUCUAGAAGAAACAAAACAUGGCUACCGAAACAGAAUUCACAAUCGGGAGGAUCUGUGAGAUAACAAUUCGAUACGAUUGCCGAAAGCAAUUACUCACCACGAUGAAUGGAGACAAAACAGCAAACAAAACACACAUAAAUACACACACAUAUAUACAACCGACAGACGAUGAGUCGCAGGCAGCAGUUGUAGGGAGCCAGAAAGGAUGCGUUUUAGGUAAGGGCAGUAAUAGGGAACGGUGGGUAGGCCAGGCGCAGGACUAGCAAGAAAGAGCACCGUAGUAGGAUAGUUAGGGAAGGACAGAAAUAAAAGGAAAAGAUCAACCACCUUUGUAACUGCUCUAUAUACGAAAGAAAACUAAAAAUAAAAAAUAAAUGUUAUAAUAAUCAA